AUGGACGUGGACCUAGACUUUGACAUCGAUGGAGAUGACAUCCUUAAUCUUGAAGAAGAGUACUACCAGAAGGGGUUUGAAGAAGGCCAAAGCGAUGCUUCCAAGGAACAAUUGCGAGAAGGUAAAGAAUACGGAUACCAGACUGGGUUUCAGAGAUACCUUAUUAUUGGUUACAUCCAAGGCUUAGUUGAGGUCUGGGAGAAAAACCUGCUGAGUUACGAACUGAAAAUGUUGGCAAAUCAUUUGGUUCAGUUGAAAACAAUAAUCGAUGAUGUUCCUAUUACCAAUGAGGCAUCAGACGUGGAAGAAUUCGAGAAGAGGGUCAACAAAGCAAGGAAUAAAGUGAGGGUGGUAUGUACAACACUCAAAGAAAGCUGGAAGUUACAAGGCCUUGACAAGAUGAUUAUUGAAGUCGGAGGUAAAUUACAAGUCAGUGAAAAUGCCGACGAAAUGUGGUGA